GUUUAUUUUACCGUUUGUCAACAUAGCUAUGGACGAAUGAUAGUGACUCAUAUUUUUUGAGUCUUCCGCGCUAGGUAGUUGCAAAUUUGUACGAUUUGCUUAUGAUUUUGGAUUAAUAAGACCGUUUAGAUUUUGCUUAUCAGUGUGCGUAUUAUACACUGUUGUCUACGAAAUAUUUCAGAGAUGGAAAGAAACGAAAAAGAAACGGAUUAUUUAGAAAAUAAGUGUGAUAUGGAUCAAUUUUCAAAACUUAGCGAAACGGAUCAGCCGACAGUCUUCUGUUCAAUGAGAUGGCGUAUGCUGGCCUACAUUUCCCUGUCUUUAACUAUUAUGUAUAUGCACCGUGUAAAUAUGAGUCUAGCCGUUGUUUGCAUGGUGAAUACCUCGCAUAGUGACACUUUAACGUCACAGAGUAGCAACAGUGAUAUCUAUAUCAUAGCAAACAGUUCUAUAAAAGGAGUUCUAAAUGGCGUUCAGGCGGAUGAAACAAACAUUUCCUCCGUUGAGAAUAUGAUAUACAAUGAUCAAAAUGCCACAAUAGUGAUUGAAAGAGACACUGAUGAUAUUCAGUGUGGAAAUAUUGUAUUACAACAAGAUGAGGAAUUGGCACUUGAAAUCCAUUGGUCGAAAUCUGAUGUAUCAAUUUUAUUGUCUUCUUACCUAUAUGGCUCAUUUUUCACACAAAUUCUUGGCGGGACGUUAUCUGAUAUUUUUGGCGGGAAACAUAUCAUUACAACAGCCAUGUUGGUCAGCGCCAUCUGCUCACUUUUAACACCAGUAGGUGCAAGAACAAGUCUUGUACUGAUGUUUAUUAUUAGAAUAUGUGCUGGUUUCGCAGGUGGUGCAGUGGUGCCAGCCGGUAUGUCAAUGAUAAACUCAUGGUCUACACCUCACGAACGAUCUGUCAUGAUAGCCAUCAGCCACUCCGGUGCAUUUACCGGGGCUAUCAUAACAUAUCUUACAUCCGGGUUCCUUUGUGCGUACGGGUUUGAUAAUGGCUGGGCUUCCAUAUUUUACAUUCAUGGCUGUAUCACUGCGUUGUUUCUGUGUUUGUGGUUAUUUGAAGGAUACAGUCUUCCGUCCCAUCACCCUAGAAUAUCAAAAAAGGAAUUAGAGUAUAUUGAGAAAUCAAGGAGUCAUAAAAUAAAUACUCAACGUCCAAAGACUCCAUGGAAACAAUUAUUGUUAUCUAAAGCACAUUUUGGGACGUUAAUUGCUCAUUUUGCCAUUGCUUGGAGUAUUUUAAUGGUCCUCAUCAACAUUCCUCUGUUCCUUAAUGAAGUCUUAAAGUUUCAAGUGAAAUCGAAUGGAUUAUAUUCAGCAAUGCCGUUUAUAUUUUUAACAAUUUCAUCAGUAGUUUGUGGAAAGUUGUCAGGGGUGUUGAUCGAGAGAAAGAUUAUAGGACAUCUCGCUACAAGGCGUUUAUUCAGUACCGUAAGUAUCCUAGGAAUGGCGACGUGCCUUGUAUGUACUGGUUAUGUAUCAUGUGAAGUAAGAUAUAUUGCUGUAGUAUUGUUGUGUCUAGGAUGUACAUUAAACGGUUUUGCUUACGGGGGAGUGCUCAGCAACCAUCCAGAAUAUGCAGGACAGUUUGCUGGGACUGCAUUUGGGAUUACAAACGCUGGUGGUGUUAUCGCAGGUAUAAUUGCAUCCAUGACAGCUGGUUUUCUUACACCAAAUGGUUCACAAGAAGAAUGGCAAAACGUGUUCUUUUUAGCAGCUGGCGUUAAUGUCAUAGGUGCCAUUGCUUUCUUAACCUGCUCUGACGUAUACCUACAACCAUGGGCUAGAGGUAAUCAAGAUGAAAUUACAAUAGAAGUUGACGAAAGUAAAGAAUUACAAAAUAUCAAGAAAUUGGACGGGAACGUUGUUGAAAGGAAAUCAGACGAAUUUGGAGAUUCGGAAGAAAUUAAAGCAUUGACGAGCGACAUGUGACAAAAUCAAAGGAACAUGAAACACAAAAAUGAAGACACAUAUAAACUCAAAUCAAGAAUUUCAAUUUCAGAUUGCUUGUUUAUUUGGUUAUUUAAGCCAAUUUACAACACUAAUUAGGUCAUGGUUGCAAAUAAAACCUUGAUGUCACAUUAUAAAAGCUACUUACAAUUACACUGUAACAAAUGUUAUUAUUCUCAUUGAUUUAACAGUCGGCAGUGUAAUUGAACUUUACUGUCUCUCAUUACUCUUUAUUAUUACGCAAUUUAAAAAAUAGAUGAAAUUGAAGACAUAAUAUAGAAAAUUAAAAGCAAAGAACACUUCAAUCUUAUAUUUUUUGUUGGUGUAUUGUUUAUGAUUGUAAAUAUUAGACUUCUCUAUUGACGUCGGGUUAAUUCAGGUUUGAGUGUCCCGUAAAAAAGGUAAUUGCACUAUUUUGUUAUUUUCCAGUGAAACUUCAGCUCUGAAACGAGAUACCUUUCCAAUUGUUAAAGUUUUCAAUUUUAGAAUUUUAUUUCAAAAUAUGCCUACAUUCUAAGUUUCCUUCAAAUACAUAAAUGAUCAUAUCGUCAUCUUUGUGCCUUCUAUUUAUAUUCAAAAGGAAUGUUUCCGCUACUGCAAUUUUUUUCUUGAACAAACAUUUUUAAAACAAAUUAAAUUCUAUUCAAAAGUUUAACUUUUCCAAUUCCAUUCAUAAGUAAUCGUCAAUCUGACUGAAAUUCAGAACUACUUAUUUCUUUUAUGUAGAUCUGAUUCGAAUUUCCCGAGAAAGCUAUUUUUAGCCAAGAAAUCAAACUGGUUUUCACAUUAGAAGAAGUAUUAAAAUACCGUUAUCCGUGGAAGUUAAACAAAUGGUUGAUUUUUAUUAGAAAAAAAUGUUUGAAGUAAUUUUUAACAAAUUAACUUGAAAUGUUGAGUCAAUUAUUUUGGACAAGAUUGUUUUGAAAGUUUACCUAUCGGCUUUAUGGACAACGCUAUGUUUGUUCUCGAAAUUGUGAAAAUUAGCUAAUCAGUAUUGGUUUUGCCAGGGUUAAAAUUAGAAACCACAUCACUUUCAAAAUUAUGAAAGCUCGCCGAUGAUUGGCUGUGUGAAAGGUCAGCAGAAAUGAUUUCGUAUUUGGUCACGGUUAGAUCUAAAUGCUAUGCGUUAUUUAUAAGAUUGAAGCAGUCGUCUACAUUACAAAUAAAUAUUUUCAAAACAAUAUGAUCUCUUAGACCUUAACUUUAAUAUACAUGUAAUUAAGAAUGUAUCGAUGGAGCUGCAACGUUUUGGUCAAGUAAUGGACCCUUCUGCAAACACAACAUGCCCUAAGAGCUAAAAUAGGGGAGGGAAUGGAAUAACAUUCCUCAACAUUUCUUUCGAAACCAUGUGUUGUCAAUGAGGGCCAGGUACAUUUCUGUUUUAAAUGUAGGUGGUUGAUAUACCAGAUUCUAACUCUGCAUUUUCUUAUACUGUUAACUGAAAGACAUGUUAUACAAAAGGAUAAACUGUA